AUGGCAAGCGACGAUAGGAGACGAAAGGAUGCACUCAGUUGCAAUGGAUGCAGACAGCGGAAAGUGAAGUGUGACAAGCCAUCAUCUGGUCCUUGUCAGCGAUGUAGCAGGUUGGGAAAACAAUGCCAACUAGGAGGCUCUACUUCCCGACCGUACUAUCACACUUCAAAAGAACGAUACGAGCUUCUGGUCUCCGUGGUUCGUCAUUUCGUUCCUUCGGCUUCUUUCGGAACAGAGGACCUGCGAAAAUUAUUAGACAGCCUGCAAACUCGAGGGGAAGCCUCUCCUUCUCCUUCGGCGCCUACUGCUCUGGACACGUCAGUUGAUGGGCCUAGCCCAUGGUUGUCGGAGCCUAUCACUCAAAUGAAUACUCCUCCAGCCUCCUCAAGUUCCCCUUAUCCUCCCAGUGAGGAAUGUUCUAUAGAAGACCUGGAGAAUACAUUGAUGGUGGAUGCCAUGAAUGUUCCUCGAUUCAGUGGCUCAUCUAGCUGCACCAAUCUCAAUGCCAAGAUAAUAUCACAUAUGUCUAAAGACAACGCUCUAUCACCCUUUGAGGAAAAUGAGCCUCCGCCAUUGUUUGAUGGACAAGUGAUCUCUUGUCGAAAUGCCGACUAUCUCCCCAAUCGCAAGGCACUUGACCAAGCAGCUAUGAGGUUCUUUGCAGAGAUUAACAGCGUCAUCUAUAUCCUUGAUCAGGAUAGGUUCCAUCAUUGGCUUGAUGACGUGUAUAGUGGGAAAGGGGUGCGGGCGUCCGUGCUCGUCAUAUUAUAUCUGGUCAUGGCGCUCUGCGGCGACGAGGACCCCAGCUUUCACAUUGCUCGAUCUUCCAUGGAUGAUGUGAUACAGGAAUCAAGCCUGGAAAGCGUGCGGGCACUUAUGUUGAUGAGCUUGUAUCGCCAAAGAGAAGAUCAGCGCAGUGUUUCCUGGGCAAUGCUGGGUGUGGCAAUCCGAAUAUCGCUGUCACUUGGCCUGCAUCAAAAUAUAGGCUAUAUGCAUGACACAUCCAUAUAUGGAUCAGAAGUUAAGCGACGCCUUUGGUGGUCCCUCUGCGAGUUUGACAACUGGAGUUCUUGCAUGUUGGGACAGACCUCUGGCCUUGGCCGCACAAAUAAUAGUGUUUCUCUUCCAUCACAACAGGAAUUCAAUACUACACCCUACACUCCGCCUGGGUAUGCCACCAGCUCAGCAUCUCUCGGUACUUUGAUUGGCCAGAUAUCCCAGAAGCUGUAUAUUCAAAACGGCAAUUUGAGGAGCAAAGAACAAGUGACUAGUGACCUUAUCCAAAAAGUUGAAACAUGGAACAGCGAGCUACCCGAUCACCUUCGCCCAAAUGCGGCAUUCGCCUCCUGCUUUGCACGUGCCACGUUAUAUUUAAAUCUCAAAUAUAACUACGCCCGCAUGCUUAUCGGGAGGCCUUACAUGGCCCAUUCCAUACUUUGCAAUAACAGCCACGAUGCUGUUUUCGAAGCCCGAGCGGAGACCUGUAAAACGGCAAAUCGCGAGGCGAUCGAGAUUCUAACGGAAUUCUACCGCCGAGGUCUUCUGUCGUCAUGUCUUUGGCUCGAUACAUACUUCAUAUUGGCAACAGCAAUAGUUCUAUUUCUCCGUGCUGUCGAAUCGCCGAGUAUCCAUAACGAGUUAAGAUCAUUUUUGCCUGUUUUGAAGAUGUGCGAGCGAAGCCAGAUUGCAAAAUACGCUGCCGAAAGUAUCCAAAAGUUUCUCCACAAUUUGGAGAACGGUAUAACAGAAAGACCUACUAUCAAUAUCGCAGAUCCUUUUUCUCAAUCAUCGAGGAUGGGUCAUGGGAGUGGUAGUUGUCAUGACAUAAACUUCAAUGAGCUGGGAGAUUUCAACUCCCUUAGCUCUGAUUGCUUCGGGUUUGGAGAAGAUUUUGACCUGGACUUAUGUGGGCCUUGGAACACAUUGGAACCAGGGUUGUAA